AUGGACUCGAAUGCAUCCUUCAUACCCUCCAUGUCAAUGGACCAACAAGCCCAACAACAAUCCCAACAACCAACAGCAACUGACAUUUUAUGCGACACAACCACCCGAGCAGAAGACGUCGAAACGUGCACAAACGCAGAACUAUCUCUCCUCCUAACCGAACUCAAGAAGAAAAACGCAAGACUGGAAACUGAAAACAAGCUAUUCGAUUCAUAUCUUGCUAGAAUUGGGCCAUUGCUUCCUGAUGAUAAUGGCAAGAUGGGAGGAGCUACGGGCAACAAGGAUUCGAAUGCUUUGGGAGUUGAUGACGCGUCUAAAAAGGAAAAAAAGAAGAAGGGUGAUAAGAAUCGGGCUAAUGAGCAGGAAAAGAUUGUGUUGUUGACGCCUGAGCAACGUGCUGAGGUUGCUUCGAGAGCGCUUGAUGAGUUAAAGGAUGAGAUUGAGAAGGAGAAGGAAGGGUGGACGCGGUUUGUUGAUAAUCUCAAGGCUGAGAUCGAAGAGGUUGAAAUUCGAACAGCCGAAAUCAAGAAAGCCAUGUAUGAAUUCAAGAGGGAUGUUGUUCAGAGUGCUAUCAGUGAACGAACUGGCAAAGUUAUGGCUGAACGAGUUCAAAGGUGGAUUGAAGAUCAUUUACGUGCCAAGGACGCAAUCAUAGAAAAACUACGACUCAAGAACGCCUCUCUAAAAUCUCAACGCAACAACCUCUCGCAACAAUUACGCCAAAAAGAAGAAAUGGGCGAUGUCCUCCAUGCCAUUGAUUUCGACCAACUCCAAAUCGAAAAUAAGCAAUACUUGGCCCGUAUCGAAGAACGAAACACGGAACUAGUCGCUCUCAAACUCGCCGCUGGAAACACCCAACAUUUACUUAACACACACAAGGAAGCGCUGAAUGAUACGAUGAAGGAUUCUGAGAGACUGGUGCAAGAGAUCGAGUCCAGACGCGAUAUGUUGACACGAUUGAUUCAAGAGGAGGAGAAGGUGAAUGGAGAUAUUGCCAAGAUCCAGACCUCGAAUGCGAGUUUCCAGUCGUUGGCAGAGUCGUACCGGGUGCCUGAUGUGAUGGACUAUGUGCAUUACAAGGCUUUGCAGCAUGAUUUGGAACAUAAGGUUGGCAUGUGGACGAGGAAAGUGGAGAUUGCUGCUUUGCAGCUCAAGAGAACCAAGCUAGCUCUGAAAUCAACAAGAGGACCCACAAUUAAACCCAAGUCAAAUGCUGCCCAAAUAUAA